AUGGACUCUUUACAGUUUCGCGAUGCGGCAGACAAGGCCAUUGACGAGAUUGCAACAUACUACGACACUCUGGCAGAACGACCCGUACUUCCAUCCGUUGCACCGGGCUAUCUCCGCCCACUUAUACCCUCUUCAACCCCCGAGAACGGCGAGCCAUGGGACCAAAUCCAAGCCGACAUCGAACGCGUCAUCAUGCCGGGCCUGACACACUGGCAGCACCCUAAAUUCAUGGCUUUCUUCCCUUGCAACUCUUCUUUUCCCGCCAUGCUGGGUGAUAUGUACUCCGGGGCCUUUAAUGCUGCGGCUUUCAACUGGAUUUGUUCACCAGCCAUCACCGAGUUGGAAACCGUGGUGAUGGACUGGGUAGCCAAACUAAUUGCUCUGCCAGAUGUGUAUCUGAGUGAGGGCGAGGGUGGUGGCAUUAUUCAGGGCACUGCAAGUGAAGUCGUGCUGACUGCUCUUGUGGCUGCGAGGGAGCGGUUUAUUCGUCGUCGACUUGCCGACAUGCCUGAGGGCGAGGAAAAGAUGGACAAGGCGGCGGACAUGCGCGGAAAAUUGGUCGCUUUGGGAUCAGAACACGCACAUUCUUCAACACAGAAAGCGGCCAUGAUUGCGGGUACACGUUUUCGCACUGUGCCUGCGCCCAGGGAAGCAGGAUUCUCCGUCACUGCUGCUGCGCUGCGAAAAACAAUCCAAGACAUCCGCGCAAAAGGUCUCGAGCCAUUCUACUUCACCGCCACACUGGGGAGCACCGCGACGUGUGCCGUCGACGAUCUGGUGGGGAUUGCGCUCCUGACCAAGGAAUACCCAGAUGUAUGGAUUCACGUCGACGCGGCAUAUGCGGGUUCGGCGCUGGUGUGUCCCGAGUACCAACAUCUGUGUCCACCACUCGCGGCCUUUGAUUCGUUCAACUUUAAUCUGCACAAGUGGCUGCUUGUCAACUUCGACUGUUCGGCAUUUUUCAUCAAGAAGAGAAAAGACUUGAUCGACACGUACAGCAUAACCCCGAGCUAUCUGCGCAACGACUACACCGAGAGUGGGCUUGUCACCGACUACAGAGAUUGGCAAAUCCCACUCGGACGCCGCUUUCGCAGCCUGAAAGUCUGGUUCGUCCUGAGAACAUAUGGCGUCAAUGGACUGAGGGCGUUUAUCCGAAAUCACGUCCAUCUAGGAGAGUACUUCCAUGACUUGAUCAAGUCGCGAAAUGACAUCUUCAGCGUUGUCACAAAGCCGGCGUUUGGACUCGUCACAUUCCAGAUUCAUCCCACUUCGUCCAUUGCUGCUGCUGGAAUGGAUCCGGCUUUCGCGUCCAACGCCGAAGCGCAACACCGCGAAGAUUUAAAUCUGGCGACAAAGCAGGUGUAUGAGAAAAUCAACUCAAAGGGCGAGUUCUUCCUCACAAGUUCAGUUGUCUGUGGCGUCUAUCUCAUUCGCGUCGUCAGUGCGUCGCUCAGUGCGGAGGAGAAGUAUCUGAAUAUGGUCUUCGAGGCGCUGGUUGAGGCUGCUGAGGAGGGGCGAGUUUGA